CAUUGUUUAGAGAUGAGAUAUGUUCAAAUAAAUUAAAUUUAAUAAAAUAAAAGAAGAAAAUCGAAACUGAUUGAAAAUUUUGACUUUUGAAUAGAAAAUUAUUCGAUUCGUAUUAUUUAAUCAAUCCACUUGUAUGUGACCUCGUAUAAAUCAUGAAAAAAGCUUGAUGCUGAAGGAUGGCUUAUCAUAAAUUCACAAAACGCCAUACGAAUUCUCUCUAUUGAAUAAAUAUCGCUGCAUUAAUUUAAAAAUACAGAUUUUUAAAAAAUGUAUUUAAUGACUCAAAUUUUAAAUAUUACUCAUAGAAACUUUUUAAAAAUAUUUAAUUUAUCAAAAAGUGUUAAAAGAAAAAAUUAUAAAUCAUAAGUUAAAAAAAAUAUAUAAUUUGUGUUUAGACAAAAAAAACUUCUUCAUCCUUUGAAACAAAUAAUAAUAAAAAAAACAUAUCGAACAAUAAAAUAACGAAAAAAUACAUCAUAUUCCUUCAAAUGAUAAAAAAGAGAUUUAAAAUUCGUAACUGCAAUCAAAAUAAAAUCACUAAAGUCAUUCGAAGAAAGCUCAAAAAGCUUAUCAUCUACUACGACAAUAGCGAGGAAACCUUGGAAAAGGGAUCCAAACAAACUACCGAACCAACAACAGAAAAAAUUAAAACAACAUCAUCAUCACCAUCUAUUCCCACCACCAUUCAACUUUUAUAACCAUUACGACGGCAAACUCUAUAGAAAGUUGACAAGUACGAGCGACCAGUGAAUUUGAAAAAGCAGGUCCUUAACCAUUCUAAUACUAACAUCAGAAUCAGAGAACCAUACUGUGCCAUCUAGAAAUAGAAACGUAUUGACAACAACAAAAAAUUAAAAAUGCAACAGCAACAAGGCGACAUUCAGAAUGGUGGUGGUGGUCAGGCUUUGAGCGGCGGCGGUGGCGGAGGAGGAGCAAGCACCAAUUCUCCACCGGGAACUUAUGGCACAAGUAAACGAGCACAAAUAAGUGGGGGACGUUUCGAUUUUGAAGACGGGGGUACAUAUUGUGGUGGUUGGGAUGACGGCAAAGCUCAUGGUCAUGGUGUUUGUACUGGACCUAAACAUCAAGGUGCGUAUGCUGGUGCAUGGAAUUAUGGAUUCGAGCUAUCCGGCGUUUACAUUUGGCCAAGUGGUUCCCAUUACGAAGGCCAAUGGCAAAAUGGAAGGCGCCAUGGUCUCGGUGUUGAGCAAAGAGGUCGCCUUAUAUAUCGUGGUGAAUGGUCAAAAGAUGGGCACAAGGGGCGCUAUGGCGUGCGGCAAAGCACAAUAUCUACGGCAAAAUACGAGGGAACAUGGAAUGUUGGAUUCCAGGACGGUUAUGGCUGCGAAACUUAUGCCGAUGGUGGAACAUAUCAAGGCCAAUGGCAAGAAGGAAAACGACAUGGAUAUGGUAUACGCACAUCAGCACCCUUUGGCAUGGCGUCCCAUUAUCGACCAAAAAACAUUCAUGCUUCCAUGAGUUCUUUAAGAAGCAACGAAAACGCUGACCCUUCGGGUAAAGGAAACAAUAAAUCUGAAGAAAUUCGUGGUGGAUUUGUGUUAACUUCAAAGUCUGAUAAGCUUCCUGCUAGGCGAAAUAGUUUGACGGAAAAAUCCAAAAAAGGAUUCCUUUCGGGCCUGAGACGAAAACAAAGAAGUACUGGGGAUCUGGAGAAACGUGGAACUUUAGCUUCAGGAAGUAUCCGAUCAACAAUGUCAACUGCUUCUUGGCUCAGUACUGGUUCUGAACAAUCCAACUUGACCGCAAAAUCUGCUCACACCGAGUCAAAUGCAAGUUUUACAAUUGAAGAAGAACAGUUGGAUCCAACAGUUGUGGAAACUUACAUGGGUGAAUGGAGUAAGGACAAGCGUAGCGGUUAUGGUGUUGCCGAACGAACUGAUGGUUUGAAGUACGAAGGAGAAUGGUAUAACAACAAAAAGAACGGUUAUGGUGUUACAACCUUCCGUGACGGUACUGUAGAAGAGGGCAAAUAUAAAAAUAAUAUUUUAAUAACGAGUCAAAAGAAAAAGCAUUUGUUUGUGGCAAGAUCACGAAAGUUCAGAGAGAGAAUAACAGCCUCCGUAAGUUCGGCACAGAGGGCGUUAAAAAUGGCUCUACAACGAUCAGAUAUAGCGAUAUCGAGAACUGCCACAGCAUCAGCCAAAGCCCAAAAUGCUGAUAUUGCAGCAGAACAAGCUCGCAUCGAUUGCGAACAAGCAGUGGCAAUGGCGCGUGAAUUCGCCCCAGAUUUUAAGCCAACUGUCUUGGAACGAUUUGAGAAAUUAAGAUUCCGCGAACGAUAUAAAUUAAUGUCAAGCGAUAUGGUCGAGCCGAAUCGACCUUCGGGUUCAUCGAAUAAUCCACAAGUGGGGAAUCAGAAUGAAGUUGUUCGAAGUGCACCAAAUUCUGCCUCUUCGCAACAAGCUUCUAACAAACAACCUUUGUCAGCAUUUCAACAACAGCAACAAAAUUCAACCAAUGGCCGUCGGCCAUCACAAUUGGCAAAUCAACAAUCUGAGGACUGUCCUGUCCCCAGUUCCAUGUACUCACAACAAAUGCCUGUUUCUCCACAAACAGAUUUGUCGGCAUUGGUUAGUCAGCAGCAUAUUCGUGGAGUUGGGGGACUUCAUCCCACGAACCAGGUGCAUGUCGGAGGCGUUUCCAAUAUGUCACAUAGCAAUCCACAAAUGAAUCCCGCAUAUCAAUACCAACAACAACAGCCUCCUGGAAUACAGCACUCGCCUGGCGAUACUGUAGGUAAUAUGAACAAGUCCAACUAUGCCGAAGCACAACAAUUGAACAAUCUGCAACAACAACAACAAAUGAUGCAACUGCAGCUGCAACAGCAACAUCAGCAGCAACAGCAACUAUACAACCAACAACAGCAACAACAAUCCCAAUUGAGUCAGCAACAGCAGAAACAACAGCAGCAGCAGUUCGAAAUGCAACAUCAACAGCAACAGCAAAUGAGCGCACAACAAUCAAAUGUGCAGCAGCAACAGCAGUAUCGGCAAGAUAAUUCAAGCAGUACGACAGCACCUGGAGGAAGCGGCUCUAUGAUCAGAAGAAACGGUAGCAGUAGACCGCCAAUGCUUGGCCAAACCAAUCAGCAAUCCUCCAUCGACCACUUCGAUCACUAUAAACGACCUCCGAGUCGCGAUUCAUCAGUUGACAGAUAUGCGCGGGCAGCCAGUAGAAUGAGUGGUGGAUAUGGAUCCCGUCAAGCAUCUGUAGAUCGAGGUACCGGUGGCAAUGCACCCGGAACAUCUACACCUACUGAUACAGCAGCGACUUCUAAUGAACCAGCAAGACCAAGGGCCGGUUCAGUUUUCCGAGGUGCUACUCCUGGUCCCGGUCAGCGAUCAGCGACACCAACAAACACUGGAAAUGGAACAGUGCCCACGGGUUCAGGGCGAUUAUCACUCACUGGUACACCUAGCAUGCAAAGACGUUCCACUCCGGUUAAAGAGCCACAAUUUUCGACACCUAAUCAACCAUUCGAAGACGUUUUACUUCGUCAACGUACUUUAGGACAAGAUAUCAUUCCCUCACCCUCGCAACCAAAACGAACUGAAAGUUUGUAUGUACCUCCUAAGCCAGCAACACCCAUCGGCGGCGGUGGUAAAGCAGCAGGUGGCGCUAGCGGUGGAAAUAAGAAACUUAAGAGCGUCCCAAUUAAUGUGACAUUGCAAAGGAAAAAAUCAUUGCCAGAUUUUCAAGAACUGCCACGUGCCACGGAGGCAAUGAGCCGCGAAGAAGUAUCGGCAUUAGGUUCGGCCAGGCGGGAAGCUGUCCGAAGGCAAAUCGAAAUGAAUGAAAGGCUUAAAGCAAACCCUUUUUUGUAUUUAGUCAGUCCGCAAGUUAAGGAUUGGUUCUCACGUCAACAGUUGGUGAUUUUGGUCCUUUUUGCAAACAUUGCAUUGGGAAUUAUGUUCUUUAAGAUGUUAACAUAGCAUCAAUUGGAAGCUUCAACUUGGCUUUGUAAAUCAUAUGUAUUGGCUAAAGCCAAUACUAACAGAAUAAAUACAUACUCAGCAGAUAAUAUUUUAAAUAAACAUCUUUUUACUUAAAAAUUAAAUUUAGUGAAUGAGAACUGAACAUUCAAUUUUAUCGUGAACCCUAAAAAUGCAAAAAUAAAAUGAAUACAAGCAGAAUUUACUAAAGGGUUAAAAAAGAAAUAUUUGUAGACUUAAAUGGACGCUAUUUAAACAAAUGGUAAUGCAAGCAAAAAGUAUUUUAUAAAUCGGAAGAAAAAAAAUUAAAUUCAAAAAUUGGAUUCUAAAGAUGAUGUAAUGAUAGGUAGACUUUGAAAUUCAAACUCUAAACUUAAUGGAAUUUUUUAUGUUUCAACUAUAUUGAAACUUUUUUUAAAAUAAUAAUUUCAAAAUAUAACGAAUAGCAAAAUGAUGAAAAAAAAUUAAAAUAAAUAAACUUUUAUUAUCUUAACGAAUUUUAUACUAUUUAGAAAAAUUAUAGAUAAAAACAAAAAAUACAACUUUAAAAAAAUAGAAAUAUAUAGAACAUGUGAACAAAAAAUAAAGUAGUAUGCUCAUAAAAUGAAUAUAUAUGUAUAUAUAUACAUAAAUAGAUAUAUUUGGGACCUCAUCAUGGUUUUAUAAGGAAGUACCGUGGGACCGGAAAAUGCAAUAUACUUUAAUCUUAUCAUAUUAUUCUAAUAGACAUUUUGUGCCAUCAGUAGAAACUAAUAGGAAAUGCUUAACUAAACACCCAAUUGAAUGGGACGCAUUUUCUUUUAUUUCAUUUUAUAUAUUCACAAUAUUAAUUUUCUUUUUUAGUUUUUUCAUAAUUUUAAUUUAUUGCAAAUAUAUCAUUUUAUUUUACCUAAGCAAAUAAAAACAAUACACCUUAAAUCAAAAUAAACAAAAACGAAAUUAUAGUUUAUUCGAUGUGGUAAGUGGUUUAUCACAAUUUUAAUUUAGUUAGUUAAAUAUUAAAAAUUAAAAAUUUCAUGAUUUUCGUUUCGGAAUAAUAAAUUAAUACAAAUUAAAAGAACUUAAAAGCAAAUGAUGUGUGAUAAAUUAUUUUUUGUUCGAUUUUUUUUUCUUUUUGCAUUAAUAAUUUUUGUUUUCUUCGAAAUUUUAAAUUACAAACUAUAUUAUCUAUUUCCAAACAAGGCAAAGCAUUUAAAAGUGCAAAUCUUAAACUUUUAAGCGCUAUAAUUUUGUUGGUUCCAUAUUUUCGUUCAUCAAAAGUCGAUUUAUUUAACAACAUUCAUUUAAUUUAAGCAAACACAAACACAAAAUAUUUGGUUCCUUGUUGUUUAAAUAAUUUUAAAAAAAUUUAUUGCAUAUAUAUUAAAAAAAAAGUAUAAUCAAAACUAUAUAAAAAAUUAAAACAAAUAAAACUAUAUUUUCUCUAAACAUGUAGCUAAGUUUAAGAUAGUUAGUUAGGCCAUCAUUUCUUUACGAACUAAAAAAUUACAGUUAAUAAAGUUUUAAAAAACAAAAUUAAAAAAAAACAACACUGAGAAUUCUUCCACAACAAUUUAAAAAUCGUUUCUUUAUAUAAUUAAAAAAACACAUACUUAAAUAAUUAUUAUAACUUUUUAAAAUAUAAAACUGUAUUUAUAAAUAUUUUUCAGUUCAAUUUCAAUACAUGAGUAUGUUGUUGUUAAUAAUUAUUUAGAAAAGAAAACCUUAAACAAUUUAAAUUUACAUUUCCUUAAAGAUCGCAAAAUUAUUCCCUUGUUGAUACAUUUGUUGAAAAAUUGCCGAAAUAAAUUUGUUAUAAUUUUUUUUGGUUAAAUAUUCAUUAUCAA